CUUCAAGAGAUGCCAAUCGAGGCAGAGUCUGAAUACGCACACGGAUGGAAUCGUUAUACUAUGAUGUUUAUGGGAAUUUGGCCGGAAAAUAAAAAUUUCGAUCGAGCUUCUAGUUAUAAGGCAGUAGUCCCAAUUCUAACAAUGUUCUGCUUUAUAUGCGCGCCACAGUCGGCCAAUUUAUUAUUCAUUUGGGACGACUUUGACUUGGUGAUAGAAAACUUGUCCAUGGCAAAUAUAACAAUUACGAUUUCAAUGUUAAAGACCGCUAUAUUUUGGUCAAAAGGUCGAUCCAUGAAGAUACUUAUAUCAAGCAUGAAGAAGGAUUGGAAUAUGACUGUGGAUAAGCGAGAGCGCAAAAUAAUGUCAGAUAUAGCAAAGAUCACUCGAAAUCUAUCCAUAAGAAGCACCAUAAUGGCUGAAAUAGUGGUGAUUGCCUACGUAACGUAUCGAUACAUCGUCAUCCGAUAUACCGGUCGUCAAUUAUUAUUUCGUGCAUAUUUUCCUUACAACGUGAGCAAUAGUCCUUCUUACGAAUUAACCUUCUUCGCACAAAUCAUCGCCUGUAUGUAUGCGGCGGUUACUUACGCGGCAGUGGACACUUUCAUCGCCACUCUGGUACUUCAUACGUGCGGUCAACUCGCGAAUUUACGUCAAGAACUAAUAAAUCUACAUAACUGUACAAAGACAAGGUUCCAGACGAAAUUAAGAAAGAUCGUGAGGAAACAUGAAUAUCUCAACAGUUUUGCAGAAACAAUCGAGGACUGUUUCAACAUGAUGCUUCUGAUACAGAUGGUGGGAUGUUCGUUGCAACUUUGUUUCCAGUGUUUACAAGCGUUCAUGGCGAUAAUCGGCGAAAUAAACGAAUUCCUCGCCUUCCAAAUCAUCUUCCUGAUGAUAUAUGUAGUUUACAUAUUGUUGCAGCUGUACUUGUAUUGUUAUAUCGGCGAAAGAUUACUUGUCGAGAGUACGAAAAUAGCAUAUGCGGCAUAUGACUGCAGUUGGUACAACUUGUCAGCGUACGAAGCAAAGUCGCUAAUUAUCAUUAUGUGUCGUGCUCAAUCGCCAUUACAAAUCACCGCCGGCCGGUUUUGUUCCUUCAAUCGAGAACUUUUCAGUGAGGUUCUGAAGAAAUCGGUAACUUACAUGUCGUGUCUCUACGCAAUAAACAGUUUAGAGUAAAAAAUUAAAUAAAAUUUAAUAAUGCGAAAAAUAUCCGUACGUAUCAAUUGUUUAAUGAAAUCAUCGAUUGCAAUAGAAUCAAUAUAUAUAUUUUUUCGAGA